UCGAGAGCGCCUCGGCGGAUGUGCCGCGGCGCGUCUGCCGUCUCGCAGGUCCAUGGCGCGGUAGCGUGGUCAACUUCCUUUCGUACGGUGCGAAAAAGCCGUGAGCAUACACACCAUCAAGAUGGUGAAGAUUAUGAAAAUAGGGAAAGUCGUGCUGGUCCUCAGCGGCCGGUACGCAGGCAGGAAAGCCAUCGUCAUGCGCAAUUAUGAUGAGGGAACAGCGGAGAAACAGUACGGACACGCUAUGGUUGCAGGCAUCGACCGGUACCCACGCAAAGUCCACAAGAGGAUGGGCAAAGGCAAGCUGCAUAAACGUUCUAAAAUCAAGCCUUUCGUGAAGAUCCUAAACUAUAAUCAUUUAAUGCCAACGAGAUACACAGUGGAUCUACAGUUGGAGAAGGUGGCCCCUAAAGAUCUUAAGGACCCAAUGAAACGCAAGAAGGUUCGCUUCCAGACGCGCGUCAAAUUCGAGGAGAGGUAUAAAAACGGUAAAAACAAGUGGUUUUUCCAGAAAUUAAGAUUCUAAUUGUUUCUAAAUAAAAGUCUGAUAUACAGAUGUAAAAAGAAAA